AUGCGUGAUGUGACUUUCCGAGCCAACGAGCAGCUCAAAACGGUGGAGGAAGAUAUCUCUGCACUCUCGUAUCUUCUCGCAACCCUCAAUGAAGCGGAGACUGAGCGCGCACAGUCUAGCAGUGGAGCAAAGGCUGCAAAUGAAGACCAGGAUACAUCUCCAAGGUCAAAUAAUAUAGACAUCACGUCACUCUACACGUCAGAAGAGGCAAGGGUUCCCGCCUUGGAAGAUGCGGAGAGUGUACGCGAGCUGCUGCAGAAGUUGGAGGCCGCAGAAGAGAUUGCCUCAGGCGUUGAAGGAAAGGUAGACGCGCUGCUCAGUGGCUUGGAAGAGCUCCUGAGCUCGAUGGUCUCAGAUGUCGCCGAUGAGGUCGACCAGACGGGUAACGACGAGGAUGAUAGGGCUGUAGAGCAAUCUGAAGAGCGAAAAGACCACGAGGAGGACGCUAAAUAA